GUUCACAUCAUCGAAUGAGUGCGCUUGCCUGGAGAGGCGGGACUGUGACCCGGUUAGACGUAAAAUAAGCAAAGCCGUCUCCAUCCUUUCAGACUUGGGGGGGAAGUCUGCGUCUCCCACUGUAGCCAAUAUGUCCGACUGCAGAAGACAGUGGAACCGGGAGGAUGAGCUACCGGUCUACCUGGCAGGGCCGAUCACCACCGGGCCGAACCAGCGGAAGACCUAUGGUAUGUUCAGCUCCGUGGAGGGGGCGUUUGAGAGCAAGACCAUAGACUUCGAAAACUACGCGGUGGGGAGAAAAGGGAGCCGCACCCCGAGAAGCGGGAGCCGGGAACGACUCUUAGACACCGGUGACCCCAUUAGCAAGACGCCUAGCGAGGCCCGGGAGUCCUCGCUGAACGGCUCGCCCGGAGAGAGAGACGAAGCACGCAGUGGUGCUGAGGUCAGAUUUUCAUCGGGGACGGAAAGUCUUAAUGGCAAGAGUGAAAGGCUGCUGAUCAAAGGAGGGCGAGUUGUUAAUGAUGACCAGUCUUUCUAUGCAGAUGUCUACAUUGAGGACGGGCUCAUCAAGCAGGUGGGGGAGAACCUGGUUGUUCCUGGGGGCGUCAAGGUGAUCGAGGCCAAUGGCCGCAUGGUGAUACCAGGUGGAAUAGAUGUUAACACCUGCCUGAUGAAGUCCUAUCUGGGCACACAGCCUGUUGAUGACUUCUUUCAGGGCACCAAGGCUGCACUUGCUGGGGGCACCACCAUGAUCAUUGACCACGUAGCCCCUCAGCCUGGUGACAGUUUGCUGGAGGCGUUUGAGUGCUGGCAGGAGGCCGCAGACAAGAAAGCCUGCUGUGAUUACUCUCUGCACGUAGACAUCCCCCAGUGGAAUGAAAAUGUUAAAGAUGAGUUGGAGCUUCUGGUGCAGGACAAAGGUAUCAACUCCUUUCAAGUAUACAUGGCUUAUAAGGAUGUGUACCAGAUGACCGAUUCAGAGCUGUAUGAGGCAUUCUCAUUUCUGAAGCAGCUGGGUGCUGUGGUGUUAGUUCACGCUGAAAAUGGUGAUCUUAUUGCUCAGGAACAGAAAAAAAUACUUGGAAUGGGAAUUACUGGCCCAGAAGGCCAUCCUCUGAGUCGUCCUGAAGAGUUGGAGGCUGAGGCGGUGUUCCGUGCCAUCACUCUUGGCAAUCGCGUGAACUGUCCUGUUUACAUCACAAAGGUGAUGAGCAAGAGUGCAGCUGACACUAUCACUCAGGCCCGGAGGAAAGGUUCAGUGGUUUUCGGAGAGCCAAUUACAGCCAGCCUGGCCACUGAUGGUUCGCACUACUGGAGCAAAAACUGGGCCAAGGCUGCUGCCUACGUGACCUCUCCACCUUUAAGUCCUGACCAGACGACCCCGGACCAUCUUCACACCCUGCUGGCCUGUGGGGACCUCCAGGUGGUGGGCAGUUCUCACUGCGCUUACAGCACUUCCCAGAAAGCUAUUGGUAAAGAUGACUUCACCUUGAUCCCCGAAGGAAUCAACGGCGUCGAGGAGAGAAUGGGCUUUGUCUGGGAAAAGGCAGUGGCCAUGGGGAAGAUGGAUGAAAACCAGUUUGUGGCAGUCACAUCCACCAACGCUGCUAAAAUCUUCAAUCUGUACCCACGUAAGGGUCGGAUAGCUGUGGGCUCUGAUGCAGACAUUGUCAUCUGGGACCCUGACAGCGUCAAAACCAUCACUGCCAAACUCCAGCAGUCGGCUGCAGAAUACAACAUCUUCGAGGGUCUGGAAUGUCGUGGAGGCCCAGUGCUGGUGCUGAGUCAAGGCCAGGUGGUGUAUGAAGAAGGAAAGCUGCAUGCUCAGCAGGGCACUGGUCGAUUUAUUCCACGCAAACCCUUCCCAGAUUAUGCUUACCAGCGUGUAAAGUUCAGGAAUCAGGUAAAGCGUAAGCAGGGUGUAACUCGGGGGAUAUAUGAUGGCCCUGUAUAUGAUGUUGCUCCGACUCCCAAAUACAUUACUCCCUCUCCGUCAGCCAAAACUUCUCCCACCUCCCACCAGCCACCACCAAUACGUAAUCUUCACCAGUCCAACUUCAGCCUUUCAGGUGCACAGAUUGAUGACAAUAUCCCACGUCGCUCUGGCCACCGCAUUGUAGCACCCCCGGGUGGUCGCUCCAACAUCACCAGCCUUGGCUGAAUACUUGAAUACAUAUGAAGCACGGCUGGUGCGACGCUUCACCUACUGAGUGUGUGCGAGUGUAUGUGUACGACUGAGUGUAAGCGCAACGAUAUGAAUGAAUACCUUUGCAUUUUUUUGGCAUAAUGUGACCGUUUCUGUUCACUCAGAAAAAAAGCACAUUUCUGCUUCUAAUCCAAAAAAGGUGUGUGAGUUACAAUCAGCUAAAUAAUUCAAAACAAUAAAAAGUCACGUUCCAGGCACACACACACACACACACACACACACACACACACACACACACACACACAUGUCUGGUUUGCUAUCCUCGUGGGGACAUCCCAUUGACAUAAUGCUUUCCCUAGCCCCUUACCCUAACCCUAACCAUUAAAAAUGAAUGCCUAACCCUAACCCUUACCCUAAACCUAACCAUAACCUAAUUGUAACCCUGACAGUAAAACCGCAUUUUGAGUGUGAAAACUGCUUUCAACCCCGAGGGGACCUGGAUUUUGGUCCCCACGGUGCAGAAAGUCCCCACCAGGAUAGUAAAAGUCAGAUUUUGGUCCCCACCAGGAUAGUACGAACCCGUACACACAUACACACACACACACACACACACACACACACACACACACACAGAUUCGGUGUUGGACCCCCUCCAACCAACCCGUGACCCCAGUGUUAUGUCAUAAAGUUAUUUCCUGUGAGCAUGACUUCCUUCUUAUUCUUCCUCACCUCCCACAUCUUACCGUGUGGGUCUGACAUGGUGCUCCUUUCCACCCACAUGGUGGACAGCUCAAGAAUUGUCAGAUUUUUUUCUGCAUCUGGUUCUAAUAUCUUGGCAAUAUUUGUUUCAUUGUGGCUCAAGCGGAUCAGUUACACUGCAUGGACACGUCUUUAGAUGUUACACUACUUGUGGUUUAUUGUUGCAAUGGAGGAACACUUUAAAAUGAACUCAAAGCACAUUUGUAUUCAACAGCACAAACACAUUCUUAUAUUGGUAUAUGUGUGCUUUGAAAACCCUAAUGACAUCCACUGUGGGUAGAGGCAGUUGUUACCUAGUUAAAAACAUAUUCAUGCAAUUUAAAUUACUGUAAAUUUUGAAAGGAAUGCAUUUUUUUCUCCACCACCAGAUACUAUAUGCAAAUGUGUCAGUACUCUCUUACACUCUGUGUGAAAGUAGAUAAGCAGUCAAAGUGAAAACAGAAACAAGUGAACUAAAUUAAGUUCUAGAUUGAUGUACCUACAUAAUGUAGACUUUUCAGUGUGCGUGCUUAGUUUGCUGCCAAUCACUCCCACCAGAAUAAGAACUUUGUUGUAAUGACAUGCUGAACUCACUGCAGUAAAAGAACUUCAGCUGUUGCCACAGCUUUUUAAAACUUUUCUGAAAAUGUUUUUUUUUUUAAAUCUUUUAUUAUUUCAGUUAUUUAUUUCUGGGCGUUUUCCUCAUUAUCGUACAUUUAGUGUUUCUGUGUUUUUGUUACUCUUGUCUGGUGUCACCAAUGGAACCACUUAAUAAAGACUGGACUGUUGUCAAAAAUGA